AUGAACUCUCAUUCAACCACUCAUAAUGGUAAGCAUGCUAACCUAUGGAUUUUAGAUACUGGUGCAACGAACCAUAUUUCAUUUGAUAAAACUGCUUUUCUUACAUGCACUAAUAUCAUACAAGUUCAUGUUAAUCUACCUGACGGUUCUCAUAUCACUGCAUCCAUGUUUGGCAAUGUCAUUGUGUCACCUUAUCUUACUUUACACAAUGUUCUUUACAUGCCAAAUUUUCAUGUCAAUCUUAUCUCUAUUAUUAAGCUUGUCAGUAGUAAUAAUUGUUCUAUUCAUUUCACUGUUGAUACUUGCCAAAUCAUGCAGAAUCUUUCCAAGGCAAUGAUUGGUACAACUAGGUUGCAACGAGGACUGUAUGUUCUUGACUAUGCACCUCAACCUUCAUCUUAUAAUUUAAUUGCUAAUGAUACUUUUUUCAAUGAAUAUGAUCAUAUUCCCUCUAGUAGUCACAGUCUUAUCCAUAAUACUGACACUUAUAGUCCUGUAGAUAAUAACCAGUCUGCUCAGUCUUUUCCCAAUAGUUGUACCCCUAGUUAUAGUAUAUUUCCUACUGCUGUUGUUGAUAACACCUUAUCCAUCCCUAUAGCUCUUACUGAUAAUCUUAAUCCACCUCAGCCUAUGAGACAACCUUUCAUCCUCCAAGUUACUUAG